AUGCUGGAUGAGCGGUCUCCGUUGCUGAGAUAUGCAAAAUCCUCAAAGCCCCGGCCCCUUGGUAUUACAAAACUUAUUGCUGGCCUAGUUGGCGUCUUCCUCGCUGGCGCAGACAAAUCUAUUCUGUUAACAACCCAAAACAAAAUUGCGUCUUCGUUACAAUCUCCUUCCUCUGCGCCACUGUUGUUGGUGUCAUACAAUCUCGGUUUCUGCAUUGCACUACCUGUGCGUACUACAGUCGUUCAACGGUUUAAAUCCUACUGUAUCUUCCUUAUUCUUACAUCCAAUCCCAGCGGCGUUGUCGACUCAGUUUGGCCAUUUGCAUUUGGUCGGUUUUUGGCAGGUGUAGGGGGUUCUGGAAUGACGGAUCUUCUCUCUGUACUGAUUAAUGAGGUCUUCGACGUCACAGAAAUCGCCUCCGUGCGCAGCUACGUCAUCGCUGCCGAGAUCUUUGGCCAUGGAUGUGGAGGACCACUUGGGGGCAUUAUCACUGAUAAUGUUGGCUGGAGGUGGGCCUUACUUGGUCAAGCACCGAUUGGUAUCCUCUGCUUGAUCCUAGCAUAUUGGCAACUUCCAAAACUUCCAAAGAAGUAUGAUGUGGAGCCUCGAUUGUCUCUAUGGAGCUUCGAUUAUUUGGGACUUGGCGCUUUCAUCAUUUCAACCACUUCAUUUGUUCUAGGCACGACUAACGGAAGCCCUGCGUUAGAUGGUAAAAAGCCUGCUUUAUUUACCACUUCGGCCAUCUUUUUAGCAAUCCUGAUCUUCAUUGAAAAAAUGUCGUCUAGGCCCAUUUUUCCUGCUUCUAUCGUCCCGGCACCGGGUUUACGAAACGUCUUCCUGGGACAGGUCAUGUUCUUCGCAAAUAUCAGCAUAGUUCUGAACAACCUCCCGUCCUAUCUGUCCCAGGUACAAAACCUCACUAGCUCACAGAUUGCCCUCCGAAUCUGGCCAUCCUCCCUCGGCUUGAUUCUUGGUGCCAUAAUAGCGGGAAAGGUCCUCAGAAAAACCGUCAAAUAUCGAGAAGUAUCUCUCAUCGGGGUCGGGGCUAGUGUUUCAUCUCUGGUUGUUAUGAUCAUACGAUGGAUGAAUGGCAUCAAUGGAGCCGAGGUGCAUUAUGGCUUUCCCUGGGCAGUAGGAGCUGGAAUCCUGCUCUCAGCGCAAUUCCUUACGUUGACCAAAUGGUCGCCAGUGGACCAAAUGGCCAAUGCCACGGCAAUCUAUUGCCUGGCACAGCAGAUUGGUCAGAUAGUGGGUACUAGCGGCAGCACCGCAGCUUUCAAGCAGCUUUUCAGCCUCCGACUAGGUGUCAACUUGAGUGACACGCCGCUAGACAAGAGGACAGAGAUCAUCCAUAAAAUCCUUCAAAACUACGGUUCUAUUGCAGAUUUGCCUGACGCUCUGCAAAGAGCUGUCCAAUAUAGCUAUAUUGAGGCCUUCCGUCUAAUUCCAGCUCUCGCAACGAUUCUGGCCACUAUUAGUGGAAUCCUCAUUCUAUUCACAUAA